GCUCCUCCCUCUUCUUCAACAGUCUCCUCAAUCUCUAUAUUCAAAAGACUUGAAUUUCAAAGCAAUAUAUAUAUAUAUGGCGAAAAUUGGCAAGCUAAUAAAGCUCAAGUCUGCAAUAAAAAGAUGGCCGUCUCUAACCAAACUGACCCGCACCGGCAGCGCCAUAGCGGCAUCGGAUUCCGAAGAUAAGUCGAGUAUCCCGACGGAUCUUCACGCAGUUUACGUUGGCAAGUCGCGACGGAGAUACCUCGUGAGGUCGGAGAUCAUCUGCCACCCUCUGUUCCAAGAGCUGAUCGAUCGGUCCGUCGGCAAUUCCGGCGGUGAAGACGGUGAAGUCGUGGUUUCUUGCGAGGUCGUUUUGUUCGAGCACUUGCUUUGGAUGCUCGAGAACGAUGGAGCUCAAUUGGGAGCCAUGGAAGAGCUGGCCGAGUUCUACACUUGCUAACCAAAAGGAAAAAAGAAAUGGAAAUGA